CGGGUGGCGGGGUGGGGGCAGCUGAGACUCAAACUCUGGGCUGGAAGCUUAGGACGUGGUGAUGUCCUAGAGGGCCAGGGAAGAGCCUUGGGGAGCACCGCCUCUCCUAGGAGCCCCUGGAAGUACACACCUUAGAUGCAGGAAGACGUUGAACGAGGACGGCUCAGCUGAAGCAAGGUGUUGGGAACAGGCCGUGGCCAUGUCCCUGGAGUCCCGGGCCCAGGCCUCUCCCCAACCGGAGCCUGAAGAACUUCUGAUUGUGAAGCUGGAAGGGGACUCGUGGAGACCAGAGGGUGAACCUGGGGAGGAGGGCCAUGACCCUGGCCCUGAGGCUUCCCGCCGGCGCUUCAGGCAGUUCCGGUACAGGGAUGCAGCCGGGCCCCACGAGGCCUUCAGCCAGCUCUGGGCGCUCUGCUGUCACUGGCUGCGGCCCGAGAUCCGCCUCAAAGAGCAGAUCCUGGAGCUGCUGGUGCUGGAGCAGUUCCUUACUAUCCUACCCAGGGAGGUCCAGGCCUGGGUACAGGCGCGCCAUCCUGAGAGUGGCGAGGAGGCGGUGGCCCUGGUGGAGGACUGGCACCGAGAGGUCCGGGCUGCAGGACAGAGGGAAUUGGCCUUGUGUGCAGAAGAGACUGGGUCCUUAAAGGCAAUGCAGGAAUCUCAGCAUUGUCUGCUGCAGGCAGCGAAUCGCUGGCCCGAGGGACAGUCCCAGAGGCAGUGGGUGAAGAACUCAUGCCCUGACCUUCCUGAGCAUCUAAACACCAAGAUGGUGCCACAGUCCUCGAAAGAAAGUGCCGUCCUCACUCCCCGAGUCCCUACUCUCCCAAAGACGGGGAGUGUUGGAGAUUGGGAGCUGACUGCGGAGUCCCAGGAAGCCCUGGGCCCCGGCAAACACACUGAGAAGGAGUUCUGCAAGGACCCCCCAGGAGAUAGCGAUGGGAACAGCAUGUCCCUGGGGGCUCCUGUUUCAAAACCAAGUAUCAACUGCCAGCGAGAGCAAGGACCAGGGUUUUGGCGUCCGAGCUUUAUCAACUCUGGGAAGAGGAGCACUGCAGAUUACAACUUGGAUAAUGAGCAAACAAAACCAGCCCAGGCAUCGGGCUGGAGAGACUCCAGGGCCUGGGAGGAAAACCACCAAUGGGACACGGAGGACAUGAAGGUGUCAGGUGUGCACUGGGGCUACGAGGAGACCAAGACUUUUCUGGCAAUUUUGAGUGAGUCUCCUUUCUCCGAAAAGCUCCGGACUUGUCACCAGAACCGCCAGGUUUACCGGGCCAUCGCAGAGCGGCUGAGGGCUCGGGGCUUCCUGCGGACACUGGAGCAGUGUCGCUACAGGGUCAAAAACCUCCUGCGGAACUACCGGAAAGCCAAGAGCAGCCACCCACCAGGGACCUGCCCCUUCUACGAGGAGCUGGAGGCCCUGGUGAGGGCGCGGACGGCCAUCAGAGCCACAGAUGGCCCAGGAGAGGCCAUGACGCUCCCCAGGCUGGGGGACAGCGAUGCAGAGAUGGAUGAGCAGGACGAAGAGGGCUGGGAGCCUGAGGAGACAGCAGAAGAGUGUAAUGGUGAUGGCCGGGCCGCUGAUGAGUCCGUCCAGGAGCCCAGGGUUCUGGGGGACCCAGCUCUGUUCCAGAGUCGUAUUGCAGGUGUGCACUGGGGCUACGAGGAGACCAAGGCCUUCCUGACCAUUCUCAGUGAGUCCCCGUUCUCUGAAAAGCUUCGCACCUGUCACCAGAACCGCCAGGUUUACCGGGCCAUCGCAGAGCGGCUGUGUGCACAAGGCUUCCUGCGGACACUGGAGCAGUGUCGCUACAGAUUCAAAAACCUCCUUCGAAGCUACCGGAAAGCCAAGAGCAGCCACCCACCAGGGACCUGCCCCUUCUAUGAGGAGCUGGACUCACUGAUGAGGGCGCGGACUGUGGGCAGAGCCAUGGGAACCCUCAGAGAGGCAGCAGGUCUCUCCAGGUCUGGGCAGAGCAGUACUGAGGCUGACGACCAGGAGGCCUGGGACGUGAUGGCAGAGGAAGAUGGCCUCCAGUCUCCAGCCCCAUGUCCAGAUACCCUAGAUACCGGUUUUGAGAUGAGGCAUAAGGAUGAAGACCAGAUUUCAGAGCAAGGUAUUUUUGAGGAUUUGCCUGGAGCCGUAUCAAAAUGUAUUAGAGAGGAUGUUUGCCACCCACAUGACUGGGGGCAAGACAGUGAAAAUGAAGGUGAAGGUGAAGGCCAGUGGGGAAAUCCCCCCCAGGAGCAGUGGGAAGAAUCUUCUUCUGAAGAGGACUUAGAAAAACUUAUCGACCAUCAAGGCCUCUACCUGGAAGAGAAACCCUACAAGUGUGACACGUGCGUGAAAAGCUUUAGUCGGAGCUCCCUCUUCAUCGCCCACCAGCGGAGCCACACGGGCGAGAAGCCUUACAAAUGCCCGGAAUGUGGGAAAGGCUUUAGCGAUCGCUCCAACCUGAAUACCCACCAGAGGAUCCACACAGGAGAGAAGCCUUACAGGUGCCCUGAGUGUGGGAAAGGCUUCAGCGAUCAUUCCAACCUUGUCACCCACCAGAGGAUCCACACAGGGGAAAAGCCAUAUAAAUGUGGGGAAUGUUGGAAAAGCUUCAACCAGAGCUCCAACCUCGUGAAACAUCAGAGAAUCCACUUGGGGGGCAAUCUUGACCAUUGUCGGGAGCCUGGGGAAAACUUUGGCCAAAGCCCAUCCUUCAGUGCUCCCUGGAGGAACUCUACAGAAGAGACACCUCUUGGACAACCUCAAAGUGCCAGCAAGAACUUGAAUUCUGGCCCACACAGCACCAACUCAGGGGAAAAGCUUUAUCCGUGUCCUGAAUGUGGAAGAACCUUCUCUAAGAGCUCUGCCCUCAUUAGUCACCAAAGAAUUCAUACAGGAGAGAAGCCGUAUGAAUGUACCGAAUGUGGGAAGAGCUUCAGUAAGAGCUCCACGCUGGCCAACCACCAGCGAACCCACACUGGGGAGAAGCCGUACACAUGUGUGGACUGUGGGAAGGGCUUCAGUGAGCGCUCCAAGCUCAUCACACACCAGAGAGUGCACACGGGAGAGAAACCCUACAAAUGUCUGGAGUGUGGAAAGUUCUUCCGUGACCGUUCCAACCUCAUUACUCACCAGCGGAUUCACACGGGCGAGAAGCCUUACAAGUGCAGAGAGUGCGGGAAGUGUUUUAACCAGAGCUCCAGUCUUAUCAUUCACCAGCGAAUCCACACCGGGGAGAAGCCCUACAAGUGCAUGGAGUGUGGCAAAGACUUCAACAACAGCUCCCACUUCAGCGCCCACCGGAGAACCCAUGCAGGAGGGAAGGCAUCCUAGGAGGCUUUUCCCUCCUCUCCGUCACAGCAAAAGAGAUAAAUGCGUAUUGAAAUCUCCCGAGAUCGUAAGAUGUAUGCUAGGAGCUUUCUGAAUUUUUAAGCGUGGUGUAUACCCAUGCAAGUUGUGUUGCUCUAAUCCAGGUUAUUUGGAAGUGAAUUACAGAUGCUAAGGAUCCGGAUUUGAAGGCACUUUUCUUAAGUGUAAUUUGUUUUUCUCCUGUAAAAAGCCCUGUGCCAUCCUUAGGCCCUCCUUAUAUUUGCCGUCACCUGAGGACUUGAUGAGUGUUCGAGCUGAACUGGUGAUGUAGGGAGUAGAGGUCAGUCAGUCAUCCUGAGCAGCGAUUCCAAACCUCGCUGUGCCUCUGCACUGCCCACAGGUGUGUGUGUGUUCCGUUGGCAUACAUCAGCAAAUUCUCACGCGUGGUGGAUUUCAGUUGGGGUGUAUCUAUACAGGAGAGCUUUGAGACUGGUGAGAGGGGCAUUAUUGGGAAUCAGUGGCCUAAAGCAGACUGCCAUGACCUCAGCAAAGAGGAGGAACUUCAGUGAUGUCCUUAAUAAUUAUUAACAGUAGCAAAAGUAGCUGGUAUUUAUCGAGCAUUUACUCUGGCAGGCUCCGUGCUAAGCACUUUGUACACAUUAUCUCAUCUGCUCUUCAUGGCAGUGCCAGGAGGUAGGUACUAAUAGUCUCCCCAUUUCCCAGAGGAGAAAACAGGCUAGGGAAAGCUAAGUAACUUGCCCGGUGGCACAGCUGAAAAUGGCAGAGGCAAGCUUUCACCAGGUCUGUCUCUGGAGCCUGAGGUGUUCCCAACCAUUCUCCUGAAUCCCCUUCUGCAUUCGGGUAGAUAACUCAGGUGUGAGGAUCCCAAAGCACUUUGUGGACCACAUUUCCUACUAAAAUUCCUUUAUGAAUUCUCCUUUUAGCAACUAUGGAAACCGAGAAUCCCUAAAGAUCAAAGGGACUAGGCUGGUCAGAACUGGCAGUGCUUUGAGCAAGGCUGGGCUAUUAUUAAAGCACUAGCUGUGGAUUUCCAUCUUUGCAACAGUGUGGGUGAGAGAUAUGGGGGGAUUGAGAUGGAAAACAUGUAACCACAGUGAUGUUUCUCCCCAUGAGAUACUACAUCAGGGAAGGAAAUGGGUUUGAGAGUUUCCCUUUCCUCAGGGAGUCAGUCCUGCCCAAGGUAGACUUGGCUGAACCGAAUGUUAAGCCUUACAGAAACUUGGGUCUGUGGUUUUUCCUCCCCAAGCCUUUCCCUGUUGGCAGAAGCUGUUUCUGAUGGCCAUGCCAGGGCCGCACAGGGGGAGGUGGGAGGAGUUGGUGUGCUCCCACGGAGUGGGCACUGGAUGCUGUCCAGCUGCGUGGCACAAUUUCAUCCUGCAGGAAGGAGCAUGAGGCCAUUGGGUCUUCACAUGCUGAAAAAUGCAGCGGUCAGGACCUCGGGGCGCCCUGGGUUCUCCCUGCUUUAUUCUGUUCUGGCACCCCGGGUUGGGGAUAGCUCUCUGCCUCCCAGCUGCAAAAAGGAAUUUUUGUUUUGUCACUUUGUGGGGAGGGUAACCCCCUUUGGGGGCCAGGGUGCAGAAGCUUUGAAGUACUGAGUGGUGCAGCUGUGGCUCAGGGAGCCCCACUGUGGUGCCAGGUGACAAAUGUGAUAUCCAGGGAAGAGGACUCCCCUUCUUCCUUCCACAUAGAACAUGGCCUGGCCUCAGUUCUUUGGGGGAAUCCACAGACCGUAGAGUAGCUUCUGGAAAUUUAGAGGCAAAGGAGAUGAGCAUGAGGGUCAAGGGCAUGCCCUGGUGAUGGGGAGGAACUGCUUUGAAGCCCUCACUCCGACUUCAGCGGGAAGGGGUGGGCAGGACCGGAGAAUGCCCCUUCAGACAGCAGCCGAUAGGGAAAGGGCUUGUUCACAACUGCAUAUGCAGCCCCAGCCCCGACCCCGGUCCCGGAGUUUCCUGGAAACGGAGGAGGUGAGGCUAGCUGGAUUGGAGGUCACGCUAAGCUCUUCCGGCACAUUCUGGGCAUUCUCUCCAGGGACUUUCCUUGAGCAACUAAUUUCUUAGGAAAACUGACAUUGGUGAUUGAUCUUAGUGACAUGAAAAUGGGAUGAAUUUUGGCCACCAGGAGACUCAGAGGUUCAAGAUCCAAUUCGAAAAACCGAGCAGGCCCCUUUGGUUAGCAGUUUGUGCAUUGAUCCCUGACUUCAUUUUGUCUGGCUUUGUUUUCACUUCCUUAUCUUUUACUAUUUUCUCUUGUUUUUUGGUGGUGUUAUCUCUUAAGGCUGGUCAAAUCCUGUUUUGGGAUACAGUGGCCUGAUAAGUUAAUAAAUUAUUGAUUAAACAAAGAAAAAA